UGGACGGCUUACUGCAUAACGUAUGCACUUCCGGUGUAAACUAUUUUGUAAAUAAAGAAUAACAUGAAGUUAUUUACAAGCGUUACCGCAAAAUUAACACAAGAUUUGCAAGACAUACUUUGUCAAAACACAGACGAGUGCCUGAGUGAGAGUGCUACAGUACAGGAACUGGUGUCUAGGACUGGCCUAAUGCUCAUACAGACUGGGAGCGUCUGGGAACUUGUUGGGGAUAUUCAAUCUGUGUGCAGCGCUUAUGUGGCUUUAGCAAGACUUCUAGAUAACGAAUUUAGCAUUAGUAUAGAGAACUUAAAGUUAGAAGAUGUGAUUCCGUUGAAGACCGCUGGUGCAACAGAUUUUCUGAAUUCGGCUCUGAAUUCAGCAGGUGAAAGUGAAAGUAGAAGCGAUGAAGAUGUCGGUGUAAACGAAGAUACAGAACACGCAAGAAAACGUCGCAAGACGAGUAGAAAAGUACCAGAGCCUGUAGUGCUGUCAAUCAAUGCCGAUGAUAUAGGGGGAUACCAAUACCACGACAGUGAAAGAGUGAAAAGCACAGACUCACUAACAGACUAUCUAAGUGAGAAGGAGGUAAAAGACCAGAGCUUGACAGUUGAAAUGACUGAAAAGAAUGAAAAAAGUGUGAAUUCUACAAAAUCCAUUGAAGGAGGGAGGAAAAAAUUAAGAAGUUCUUUAAAAAGGGUUGGGAGGAAAAGAGUGGUGAAAAAUGCAUCUGGCAAUUCUAGUGAAAAAUCAGCAGUCACUGACAAAAGACCAAAGAAAAGAGAAGCCAUUAAAGAACAAUUUUAUGCUUCUAACAAUAGCCAUAACAAAUUGUCAGCAAAGGUUACAAAAAUCUGUGAAAGAGGAAAGAAAGAAGAACAAGAAGUUGAUUCUGAAAUUGUUAAAAAACAAACACAAACUGAGUCUGAACAUGUAAACCAAUCCGAGAUAGAAGAAAAGAUUCGUGAUUUAAGACAAGGCCAUAUUAAUGGGCAGGGAGAUGGAAUCAAUGAGUUCAAGGAAUACGAUAGUCUAAAUGAAAUGGAUGUGACAAAAAAUGACAAUCUGUUAUACAAGAAAGUGGAAAAACAAUGGUUGAGGGACACUGAUACUAAAGCCCAAAACAUUCCGUGCCAAAUUAAAGACUGUGCAUUUGUAGGAAAAUUAAAGCAAAAUGCCAUUGAGCACUAUGCUAGAAUGCACUCAGUGAGAAACCUGAAGUGUAAAUGUUGUGACACAUAUUUUUCUUUGUUUAGAGAUUUGAAAAGGCAUUUAAAGCAUCAUAAUAUCAGUAUCAGAUGUGAAAAAUGUGGAAAACUGUACAAGAGUGAAAGAUCUUUUAAAGAACAUCAAAAGAUACACCAAGAAGACUUUGUGAAACCAUUACAUGAAUGUGAAACAUGUGGGAAAAAAUUCAGCACUAAAUAUGUGCUGCAAUACCAUAUCAAAUCAGAGCACAUGGGAAUUAAAAAGUCUUUCAUUUGUCCUACUUGUGGGAAAAGCUUCACUCAAAAGCAAUCUUAUACUACACAUGCCAACGUACAUAUGGGAUUGCGUCCUUUUGUGUGUGAGGUUUGUGGAGUUUCUUUCCCGUAUGAAAAAUCCCUACGAGAACACAAAUACAUGCAUGAUGAGCAUAAAAAUUUCAAGUGUGAAAUAUGUGGUAAGCAAUUCAAGCAGCCCUCUGCCCUUUGCACACACCUGAAGAUCCACAAGGAGACCAAGGAUCACCUUUGUAAGGUGUGUGGGAAGGGCUUCACCCAGAGACAGGCCCUCCUGCGACAUGAACGUGUCCACUCUGGGGACAAACCAUUCACCUGUAAUAUUUGCUUCAAGAAUUUCAAUGAUGCAUCCAUAAUACGCCGCCACCUGAUUAUGGUGCACAAAGCGAACCCUAAAGACUGGAAGUCCUUCACUUUAAAUGAUACACCCAGGCAAACAAACCACUUUGUUCAAGUUUUGAGUGGGGAGUUGCAACCUCAACUAAAAAAGCGACAAAAAACCCCAAACCAUAUGGUUACUACACAAGAAAGCACAACAAAUGAUGUCCAGGCAGUGUCACAGCUUUCAUUGGUAACAAGCACUGACUCUAGAGCACAUGCAGCAUUAGCACUUACCUCUAUGGCUUCACAUGGAUCGGUUCUUGAAAACAGUGACUCAGUGAAUUCAUCUAAAGACAUUUCACUGGAGACAAAUAUAGUGUCCUCGCACGGACCAAUCAACCCCCUAUCCCAGCCCAGUGUGUGUCCACCAAAUGCUCCCAGUAUCCCAACAGAGAGCCAGGGGGGGACGAGUCUGUAUAACAAUUACCCACCCUCUCUCCCAUCUUCUAGCUUCAGUGCACUACAGUCUGGGUCUGAUGUGGUGGAACAUAGAGAACAGUCAAAUGCUACUCACCUCAAUCCUGAUUACAACAAGAGCACAAAGCACCAUCCAACAACAAAGAAAGACACUACAGUGCCAGAGAUCAUCAUCAUCAUCACAAGAGAGAAUUCAGUUCUUAUAAAAAUACUUCACGCAUCAACGUGGCUUUUUGCAGUAAAUUGGUUAAUGUGCAGCAGAUGUUUGUGACAGGGCCAAGUAUUAGUGCUUACUUUUGAAUUUCAAAUUUGAUAGAACUCUGGAGAACAUGUAUUACUUUAUGAUAGACCAAUGAUCGUAAUGCAUCUAGGUAUAAAACAGACAAUGGAUAGCUGUUGAGAGUCGUUUCAAAUUGAGGAGUACUGUUGUGGUAAUUCAUCCAAGGGCCACUGCUGCGGUAAUUCAUCCAUUUGCAAGUGACCUAAUAAUGCUUUUACCUUCGUAAAAUGCAAUGGCUGGGACAAUUGGAAUACUCAAAAUAAUUGAAAAUGUAACUCCAUCUUGAACUAUGAUUUUUUUAGGUUGACCUUAAAGUCACUUGUACAUUUUUUAGCCUAGCGUGAUCAUAUAACACCUGAAACAUUCUGUAUCUAUUACAAAACUUGCCUAUUUGAUGUGCAACUACUGAAUUUCACAGAAAAGUGAUGAAACUUUGAAAUUUCCUGCUUUGAG